CGAUAAUUGCACCAAGAUAAAACUACCAGGUGAGCCCAAUAGAUAAACCCAACCUCGAACCCAUUAUAUAAAAUCACAAAUCGAAACCCUAAAAAACUAACCUGCUUUCAUCUCUAUUGACGCCGCUGGUUCUCUCGACCGAGAUUCACAUAAAAGAAGGAAAAAUGAGUCGCGGUGGUGUUGCCGGAGCUAAAGGAAAGAAGAAGGGUGCAACCUUCACCAUUGACUGUGCUAAACCAGUCGAAGAUAAGAUCAUGGACAUUGCUUCUCUUGAGAAGUUUCUUCAAGAGAGGAUUAAGGUCGGUGGUAAAGCCGGUGCUCUCGGUGAUUCCGUCACCGUUACCAGGGACAAGUCUAAGAUCACUGUUACCUCUGACAGUAACUUUUCCAAGAGAUAUUUGAAGUAUUUGACAAAGAAAUACUUGAAGAAACACAAUGUAAGAGACUGGCUCAGAGUGAUUGCUUCAAACAAAGAUAGGAGUGUCUAUGAGUUGAGGUACUUCAACAUUGCCGAGAACGAGGGAGAGGAAGAGGAUUAAUUGUAUGAUCAUUUUAUUUACUUUAAAACUCUGUAUGCACUUUUGUCCUAGAGAUAGCUUUCCUUUUGGCAAGUAUUGCUUAAGAUAUGAUGUGUUAGACUGCUUUGCAAUUUAACAGUUUUGAUUAUUUAAUAUUUGUGUUGCUAUUUAUGAAUUCAGAAUACUGUUUGCAUUUUA